AAGAUGGAAACAGCAUUAGUUGCAGAGCCUAUGGAAGAUAGCCCUGAGAAAGUUCAAACAAGUCCUCCAAUACAAGUAGUAAGAGUACCAGUAAAACACGCGAACCUUGGAAUAAGAAGUCAUGCCAUGGAUAUGAGUACAAUGGUAGAACUUACUUCUUUUAGCACACUUGGAAAAAUACAGCCUUUUUUAGUUACUAUAACAACUACUGCAGCUUUGUUGGUAGAUCUACAUUGUCAUUUAACAGAUAAAGAAGUUUGUGGCUAUUUAGGUGGUCACUGGGACAUUAAUUCACAUAAUCUAUCUAUAACAACUGCCUUCCCAUGUCGAUAUUCUGGUAAAGAUAAAUCAGCUGCAGCUGCAGUUGAAGCCGAAAUUGCAAGAGCUAUGGAAUGGAAACGUGUGACUUUAGUUGGAUGGUACCAUUCUCAUCCUAGGUCCCAUGCUUCUCCUUCUCUUAGAGAUGUUGAUUCUCAAUUGGAUUAUCAAAUUAAAAUGAAAGGACCGAGUGAUAAUGGUUACACACCAUGUGUUGGUUUAAUAUGUUCACCUUACAAUACAGAUGGCAGCUGUUAUGAGUCAAAUUUUAAUGUUUUUUGGUCUCUACCACCUCCAGAAAAUCGGCCUCAUGAAUAUCCAAGACCAAUGCUUUUGAGUUAUACACUAUCUCAGGAGCAUUUCCUUUCUCAAGAUACAUUAGAGGAAAUUAGAAGAUGUAUAGAGUAUUAUAGAAGUGAAGGGGGUAUUGAUUUUACUGCCAAUUUUAAUAAUAAUACCACUUAUCUUGAACGUUUAAGAUGUUCUUUAGCGUCCAAAUUACCCGGUCGUAAUAGAUCGAACGGUUCAUAUUGGGAUGUGAUUAGAGAAAUGAUUUGUCCUGGUUCUGAAGAUGGGGCAUCACCUGAAUUUCUAGCCAUGAAAUUUCCAUUGGUGCCAGUCACAGAAUCACUUGUACCGUCAGUUCCACCAGGAGUUGGCCUUGCACCUAAUAAUGCAGCAGUCUUCCUUACACCUGUAAAUUUCAAGCCUGAUGGUGCUAUAAUUACUCCAGCAUCAAAACCUUUUGUGAUGCAACCAUCUACUUCCAGAGAUAAUAUUAAAAAAGAUAUUAUAGCUACAGAUACUGCAUCCAUCACACAAUUAAAGGAUGGUAACUCUACAUCUAAACAACAUAUGUCAGCAUCAGAUGUGAUGCCUAGUUUUCAAUCCGGGGAGCUUACAGUUUCUGUAAAAAAUGCUAAAUGCGAUUAUGAUUUCGCACCUACUGAUUUUUCAAAAGUAUCCAAUCCUCUCGGAACCGAUACAGGAAUCAAUAAAACACGAUCAUCCACAACACCUGAUUUCCCUUUAGCCGAUAUAACGCAACAAAUUUCAAAAUUCUCAGAUCUAUCAAAAUUAGCUAAUUUUUCUACAGCAGACCUAGCAAAACUCUCUGGAUUUCCUAUUCCAGAUUUUGCAAGAACAUCGUCACCAUCACCAUCUGCAUAUAUGCGUAAUAUUGCGAAUUUGUUUGGUCCAAUCGGUAAAAUUUCUCCAGCAAGAGAUAUUGAAUCGAACGAACGUAAAUCAAAUGAUUUUGGUAUGGUUGAUCCUAUUCAAUCUCCGUUCAAAUCGACUAGUGGAUCUACAGAAACUUGCAGAAACUUUUCUGCGGUUCCAGAAGACUAUUCGACUGAACGAAAAAAGAUGGAAGUACAAAAUGAUACUGUGAAGCUCAAUCGAUCGAAUGAAUAUCAAGGAACUGAAGAUUUAUCAAUUUCUAAAUCAGAAUUUGGUGGAAUGUUGGAUAUGACCACAAUGCAUAAGAAGCAACAACAAUCACAAGCUAGUGAUAUGGGCGAUUCAUUAAAUUUAUCGAAAGAUCGUCAAUAA